AUGGGAGGAGAACACAACAGCAUCAUGGCAUCUGCUUCUCCCGCGUAUCCGCAGCUGGCCCAGAGACCCAAGGGCAAGCUCAUACACGACAUAUACAGAAGUCGUCUUGGACAGUUCACCGACAACGGGCAGUACAGAGAGCAAGGCUUGUUGGCGAAGCUCUACCGUGGCCGUGUGUCGGGUGACGAACAUGUAAAGCUGUCUGUGUGGCAUGCUCCGGAUCUCACUCGACCGACGUUCAAGGAAGCGACGAGUCAAGACAAUGAAUACAAGAAGACGAAGAAAGGCGAGUCAUUCGGUCCCAGUUGGAGCACACAUUGGUUCAAGGUUCAGUUCACAGUGCCUCAGGAAUGGAGCAACAACUCGUUGAUCGAGCUGCACUGGGACUGCAGCAAUGAGGGCAUGGUGUGGACUGAAGACGGGAAGCCAUUGCAAGGCUUGACGGGUAACGGCGAGAGGAUAGAAUGGAUUGUCCCGCAGUCCUACAGAGAUGGCAAGGAACAGACGAUCUAUAUCGAAGCAGCAUGCAACGGCAUGUUUGGCAAUGCACCUGGCGGCGACUCGAUUCAGCCUCCCAACCCGGACAAGUACUUCCAGCUUCAGCAGGCCGAUCUUGUGAGUGUCAACGAAGAUGCACGAGCACUCUACUACGACUUCUGGAUCAUCGGUGAUGCUGCUCGCGAGUUUCCUACAGACAGCUGGGAAGAGCAUUUGGCAUUGCAAGUUUGCAACGAGAUCAUGGAUUGCUUUGUCGCAGGAGGAGGGUCCGACGACUGCCUCAAGGAGUGCAGGAAGAUUGCACAAAAAUACAUCGGAGAAAAAGUGGACUCGGCCGAUGUGUACGACCUUGAGAAGGACAAGGAAGUCCUCGUGAGUGGCAUUGGUCACUGCCACAUCGAUACGUGCUGGCUAUGGCCUUGGGCAGAGACAAAGCGGAAGAUCGCACGAAGUUGGUCAAACCAAUGCGAUCUUCUCGAUCGGUACAAGGAGCAUCGUUUCUGCGCUUCACAGGCACAGCAAUACAAGUGGCUAGAGACGUUCUAUCCUUAUGCAUUCGACCGGGUGAAGGACCACAUCAAGAAGGGCAACUUCCAACCCAUCGGAGGCAGUUGGGUCGAGCAUGACACCAAUCUUCCAUCGGGAGAGUCACUCGUCAGGCAGUUUGUAUACGGUCAACGCUACUUUGAAUCACGAUUCGGAGAGAGAUGUCGCACAUUCUGGCUUCCCGAUACCUUUGGAUACUCCUCGCAGCUCCCACAGCUCUGCAGACUUGCAGGCAUGAACCGCUUCUUCACCCAAAAGCUUAGCUGGAACAACAUCAACAACUUCCCGCACACCACAUUCAACUGGGUCAGCCUGGACGGCAGCCAAGUCAUCUGCCACAUGGCUCCAUCCGAGACGUACACUGCAGAGGCUCAUUUUGGUGAUGUCAAGAGAUCCGUUACACAACACAAGAGCAUGGACCAGGACCCUACCUCAUUACUUGUCUUUGGAAAAGGUGACGGCGGAGGUGGUCCAACGUGGGGGCACAUUGAGAAGCUUCGUCGUUGUCGCGGCAUGAGCGACCAGGUUGGCAAACUCCCGCGUGUGCACAUGGGCUGGAGUGUCGAGGACUUCUUUGAUCGAUUAGAGAAGAACGCUGCCAACGGCACCACCGAAUUCGUGACUUGGUAUGGCGAGUUGUACUUCGAACUGCACCGUGGCACUUAUACCACCCAAGCGAACAAUAAGCGCAACAACCGAACGAGUGAGAUUAUGCUACACGAUAUCGAGUAUCUGGCAACUUUGGCGACGAUUGGUGGCGAUAAGGACUACAAGUACCCAAAGAAGGAGAUUGACCUCAUGUGGGAGAACGUGCUGCUGUGUCAGUUCCACGACUGCUUACCUGGCUCAUCCAUCGAGAUGUGCUACGACGACUCAGACGAAUGCUAUGCUAAAGUGUUCGAGACUGGUAAGAAGGUACUGAAGGAGACAUUGGACGCUCUUGGCUUUAAAGACUCCAACAGUGCUAAGCCUGUGGCGCUCAACACACUGGGCUGGAAGCGCCACGAAAUCGUGAUGCACCAGACAGUCUCCGGCUUGACGCACAGCGCCGAAGUUAUCGGUCAGCCUGAGGCUGAGAGAUCCGCCCCAGCAGACUUCUUGCAGGUCGCUUCUGUCAAUGAGCUCGAGGAUGGGUCACUCUUGCUCGAGAACUCGAAGCUCCAGGUGAAAGUUGCUGAUGGUGUCAUCACCUCACUUUACGACAAAGAAGCGCGUCGCGAGACCAUACCCAAGGGUGGCAAGAGCAACCAACUUGUCAUCUUCGACGACAAGCCACUAUACUGGCAAGCCUGGGACGUUGAAGUCUUCCACCUCAACUCCCGCAAAGAGCUCAAGCCAUCGCACGCAACGCAGAUCACAGAGAACUCUCCCUUCCGUGUUGCCGUCUCAACGCUGACGAAGAUCUCCGACAAGUCCUGGAUCAAGACCACUGUUGCACUCUCAGCCAUCACAGACGACAACCAGACGUCCUACGUCGAGACGGAGGCGGAAGUCGAAUGGCACGAGACCAUGAAAUUCUUGAAGGUCGAGUUCCCAACCACUGUCAAGAACACUGAAGCCUCCUACGAAACACAAUUCGGCAUUGUCAAGAGACCUACUCACUACAACACUACCUGGGACAUGGCUAAAUUCGAAGUUUGCUGCCACAAGUGGGCUGACCUUUCUGAGAACGGUUACGGUAUCAGUGUCCUGAACGACAGCAAGUACGGCUUCGCCACAGUCGGCAACCUCAUGCGCCUCUCUCUGCUCCGAGCACCAAAAGCACCAGACGCACACGCCGAUAUGGGACGCCACAAGAUCAAGUGGGCAAUCCUCCCUCACGCCGGUCCCCUAAACGAGACCACUGUCCGCGCUGGCUUUAACUUCAACAACCCCAUGCGCGUGCAUCGCCACCCAGACCCAUCGAGCAUCAGCACUCUGCUCUCUGCCUUCAAGUUCACAUCCGACAGCAACCCGAGUCUGAUCCUUGACACCGUCAAGCGCGGCGAGGAUGAUGAGGACGCCAGUAAUGGAGACAUGCCGCCGAAGAAGGGUAGGCAUGUCAUCUUGCGAGUUUAUGAUAGUCUCGGUGGUACGAGCAGGGGCACGAUCAACCUGGGCCCCGUCAAGGUUAGUAGGGCGUGGAAGACGAAUUUGCUGGAGGAUGAGGUGGAGGAGGUGCAUUUAGGAGAGAAGGGGUUGGAGGUGGAGUUGAGAGCGUUUGAGGUUGCGACGUAUAAGUUGAAGUUGGCUUAG